UUACUUGUAAUGAACGUAAACAAAACAAAAAAUAUUGCAUUAAAACUAAUUUUGUUGAAUUAAAACCAUGUCUGAAUCACCCGAAAGUGUUAAUGCAAAUAAUACUAGCACUGCUGAACCAGAAUGCAAACCUCAGGAGAGUGAAACUAAUAAAGCUCAAAUGCGCGAUUUGAAAAAUCGACUGCGAAAGUUUAUAAAAAAGUUGGAUGACUCAAAAACAUCAGUAACUAAAGAAGAGAGCUUCAAAACGGAAGCGGAAACAUUCUGCCAACUCUACAAACCAAAACUUGUAGUGGACGUGCAGUCUUACAGAUCCAUCCCCAAAUUCUACUUCAAACUGCCACGACCUGAUGAGGUGUUAAACCAGAAACUACGGGAAGAAACCCGAGCACAGUUCUUACAGAAGAAGAGUAAAGAGUUACUUGAUAAUGCGGAAUUAAAGCUGCUUUGGAGUCAAUUGGAAAAGUCCAACGGAAGUUACAGCACGUCCAACAACGAUGAGUUGACUAUUGACUACUUCCAGUACAAAAAGAUUAGGCAGGAAGCUGGACCUAAGUAUAAGCCCUACUUCACAGCGGAGGUGUUCGGGCGGCUCCAAGCAGCGGAGGGGGGCGCGGGGCGCGUGCGCGCGGUGUCGCUGUUCAACUACGUGAUGAGGCGGGUGUGGCUGCAGCAGACCAGGAUCGGCCUGUCGCUGUAUGACGUCACCGGGCAGGGGUACUUGAGGGAGCAUGACCUAGAGAGCUACAUCGGCGAGCUCGUCCCCUCCCUAGCGGCUCUCGACGGGCUGGACUCGUCCUUCAGCUCGUUCUACGUGUGCACCGCCGGCAGGAAGUUCAUGUUCUUCCUGGAUCCUCUGAGAGUGGGCAGAGUGAGGAUACGCGACGUGCUGUCUUGUUCGUUCCUGGAUGAUCUGCUUGAGCUUCGUGAAGAGGAGCUGCCCAUGGAGCUGCAGGAGCAGAACUGGUUCAGCGCGGCGUCGGCGCUGCGCGUGUACGGACAGUACUUGAACUUGGAUAGAGACCACAACGGGAUGCUGAGCAUUGAUGAGCUGGCUGGCUACGGAUCUGGCACACUGACCCGUGCGUUUCUACGCCGAGUGUUCCAACAAUGCCUGACCUACGACGGAGAAAUGGACUACAAGACCUAUCUAGACCUAGUGCUAGCUCUUGAGAACAGGAAGGAGCCUGCGUCGCUAGCCUACCUGUUCCGGGUCCUAGAUAUUAACUCUCAGGGAUACCUUGAUGCGUUUACGCUGAAUUACUUUUUUAAGGCAAUCCAAGAGCAAAUGGUGGCCCACGGGGCAGAGCCAGUCAACUUCGACGACGUCAAAGACGAAAUAUUCGACAUGGUCCGACCAGAACAUCCUUCAAGGAUCACCCUUCAAGACCUUAUUAAAAGUGGUCAUGGGCAUACAGCCGUCUCUAUUCUACUAGAGCUACAUGGCUUCUGGGCCUAUGAGAAUAGAGAGGCUUUGGCGGCGGCUGGUGACCAUCCGAAUACUAGCAGCCCCUGACACACGGAUGUCGACUUUGCUAAGGUCUUUACUGUCGAUAUUCCAAGGCUUGAAAAGAGUUCUGAGUAGCUCUUUGUCUCUUUGCGCUCCUGGUAGGUUUGUGGGCGAAACGGAGAGUGAAAGUACUAGGGGUUAAGGAAUUGUGUGGAGGUCCAAACAGAGGUCUUAGGAACUAUGAAUUAUAGUUAUUUUACUGUCUAAGAUGAUGGUAAGAAAAAAACAGUAUUUUGUAAAAUAUUCAUAUUUUGUAAACGAUAAAAUAUACAAAGUGCACUUAUUGUUAUUUCGCGUAACGAUAAAUAAUCAACAGUAAAAUUGUACUAAAACACUAUCGUAUUUAAUAACAAGUUUGUAUAUAUAUCUAUUAAUUUGU